AUGGGUAUUGUCGUUGGUAUUGCUGGUGAGGUUGCAGCUGAUGCUGCUGCCGAGGCCGCUGCUGAAGCAGCAGCGGAGGCUGCAGGAGAGGCUGCAGCAGAAGCAGCAGGAGAAGCGGCUGCUGAUGCAGCUGCAGAGGCAGCAGCAGAAGGAGCAGGUGACGCAGCAGCCGAAGCUGCUGGCGAAGCGGCGGGAGAAGCAGCAGCCGAGGGAGCUGUAGACGCUGCUGUAGAUGAGGCAGCUGGCCAGGGAGCAAGUCAGAUCGUCAGGCAGGUGAUUAAGGCUGUUAUUAUUGUCACCAUGAUUGAGGAAGCUAUCCGAAACACCAUCAAAAUCGUUGAAGCUUACGAAGCCAAGGGUAGAAUAAAGAAAAUGCUCGAGCUGCUUCAGAAGGCUCUUAAAGACGCCAAAGACAACAUGAAGACGUGGAAUGACCAGAUCACCAAGGCCAUCAAGGAUGGAAAGCUGAAGGAGACAGUUAAGUUGCCUGACGGACUGGAGCUCAAUGUAGUGUCCAAGUCCAAGAAGAAGGACAUUGGAAAGAUCGAGGAUGCUGUCAAGAAGGCCAAGACCGCAUUCCUGAAGGCCGCUGAUCCUUUCCUGGAAACGGUGAAGACCUGGGAUGCCAAGGAUGAUGCCAUCAAGAAGGAGGCUGGUGUUGAUUUCCAAGUAGCCCAGCUUACAGCCAACAUCAAAGCCGUCAGGGAUAACGAUGCUUAA